AUGCGGAUUCCGGCUACCCUCAGUAUAGGCAAAGCUAUAGUGACAGCUACCGAACACGGAACCGUAUUGUUGCAAUUGCCUUUCGACGUGGCCGUUGAAGUCACCUUAGACGGAUCCGUUCGGUUGACAAACCGACUGUUGAACGUGGCAGUCGCUUUUAACGUUGAUUGCACUAAGUCCGCGUUACUACACUCCAUCGGCACCAUUUACCAAACCGACAAAGCUGUUGAAAUUAAAGUGAAAGAUCUUAUCGGAAAUAACCACAAAACGGUGAAAAUGUUUCCCGUAGGCGCUUGCUUCACGUCUGCGUCCAAUUGCUUAGUGUACAUAAUUGACGAGGCCGGAGUCCGGUCCACCAUUAACCCGUUCAAGAUAGCUUCCAACGACUUUUCGUUAGAUGUGUUUUACGUUGGAUACCGCCACGGUACCGAAUGCGUCAAAAAGUGUAGAGAAGAAUUGGCUGACAUCAAACACUGGGUAACACAAUGUAAUACGCAUAGUUGGAAGUACAAGGAUAUAAUUAUCACUCAGACAGUGGACGGUUCAACUAGAGUGUCGCCCCAGUGGAACGCCGUGUCAGUGGUUUCACCGCACAUUCACAGCUCAGCAUCGCUAUCGGCCAACAGAAAUGGCAGCCUGGCCGUUAGCCGGGGCUCGCACAGUGUCGACUAUGACGGUAAAAAACUAUUCGUCAACUACAAUAAGAUAGCAUCGGGAUUCGACGAAUCCGGCCAAGUAGCACUAUACUAA